UAAAUCUACAUAUAUUGGAAUCGCCAAGGUCACAAAUGUGCCUAUUUACUGCGAACAAAAGACCCCUGUAAGUACCUAUUAUCGAUAUAAAAAAAUUCAUCAUACAUCCCUACUUAAGUAUUUUGUCAGCGGACAAGCUAGGGCAAUUUACUUAAGGUUCAAUUUCCAGCCGUUGGUAUUCGAAUUCCUAAAGCCAGGACCAAAGAUUACUACGGAGGAUAUUUUUAUUAAUCAAACAGUGCUUGAAACAAAUAAGAAUGAGAGGACACUAAACACCUUACAUUCAAUAAAGGGGCACUACAAGCACAUACGCACUUACUCGCACGGGUGUCUGGACGGAUUCCUGCGCGCGCAUUUAUUUCACGGAUCCUUCGACCCUCGGUAAAAAUCGCGCUGCCUCGGCCUCGGCCAGGACCGCUCUUGUUAAUUCGUAGAGUCGUAGAAGAGAUACGAUAUACUCUACCCAUCCCUUUCUGCGGUCGGAUGUCAUCGGCCGUUUGUAUAAUAGCUAUACAACUUACUCAUACCGCGUCUGUAGCUUGGGCGGGUCGGUUGUCGCGACUCGUCUCUUCGCGUGUGUUGUGAUUUCAAGUGUUGUGGGUGCUGCGCUGAGCCACCACUCGUUGGUCUCAGAUCCGGGCAAAGCCCAGCCGCAUCGCGGCGAACCGUUCCAGUUGUUUUUGAAUAGUGGAAAAUAAAAAAAAGUGUACUGUGAAGUGUCGAAGUGAUAAAAUGGCGUUUAUUGGAUUCACUGCCCUCGUGGCACUGGCCGCUAUAGGGUCAGUGCUAUGCGAGGACGAGACUAUAGGACCGAUAUUCAUGAAAGAACCGGCUAACCGAGUGGACUUCAGCAACACGACCGGAGCGACUGUUGAAUGUGCGGCGCGUGGAUCCCCGACCCCCGACAUCAUUUGGGUGCGAGCUGAUGGAACCGCUGUUGGUGAUGUCCCCGGAUUGCGACAGGUUCAGGCGAACGGAAACCUCCUCUUCCCGCCUUUCCGCGCCGAGGAUUACCGUCAAGAAGUUCAUGCUCAGGUUUACGCUUGUCUUGCACGCAACUCGGUCGGCACCAUUCAUUCCCGUGACGUCAACGUACGAGCCGUGGUAUCUCAGGCAUACGCCGUGAAUCUGAUGGAAGAAUACGUUUUGAGGGGCAAUAGCGCUAUUUUGAAAUGCCACAUACCAAGUUUUGUGUCUGAGUAUGUUUACGUCAUUUCUUGGAUAAUCAGCGAAGGCGAGGAGGAAAUUGACAUCAAACUAGAUUCAGCAAGUAAUGUUGACGAGGGUAAAUACCUUGUACUGCCAUCUGGAGAAUUGCAUAUUCGUGAUGUUGGACCCGAGGAUGGAUACAAAUCAUACCAAUGUAGAACAAAGCACAGGCUUACUGGUGAAACCCGACUAUCUGCGACCAAGGGACGACUUGUCAUUACCGAACCAACAAAUAAAAUUCCGCCACGAAAGGAUUCUACUAAACAUUUUGAGGGGUGGGAAGUGUUCACCGUGGCUCAAAAGGACGUGGCGUACUUAACAUGUCAAGUUGCCGCUUACCCGGCGCCCGUGUUUAGAUGGUACAAGUUUAUUGAAGGCACGACUAGGAAGCAACCCGUUACUCUUGAUGACCGAGUGAAACAAGUGUCUGGAACUUUGAUUAUUAAAGAGGCUAAAGUUGAAGAUUCUGGAAAGUACUUGUGCGUUGUGAACAACUCUGUCGGAGGCGAAUCUGUUGAAACUGUACUAACUGUGACUGCGCCACUGAAGGCUACUGUCGAACCAGCCACUCAAACUGUUGAUUUUGGAAGACCCGCCGUAUUUACCUGCAGAUAUGAAGGCAACCCUGUCAAGACUAUUACCUGGCUUAAGGAUGGCAAGGAUAUGAAACAUCACGACGCUACUUUGAGGAUUGAAUCGGUAAAGAAGGAAGACAAGGGUAUGUACCAGUGCUUCAUUAGGAACGAUCAAGAAAGUGCAGGAGCUAGCGCGGAACUUAAACUCGGCGGACGAUUCGAACCACCACUGAUCCGUCACAGCUUCGGCGAACAGACCUUCCGCUCCGGCCCCUCUCUCCGUCUGAAAUGCGUCGCAUCUGGCAACCCCACUCCCGACAUUGCUUGGCUCUUGGACGGUGACAAACUGAACAGCGGCGAACGUCUCCAGAUCGGGCAAUUUGUAACUGCUGAUGGCAACGUUGAAUCUCACUUGAACAUUUCUUCCGUGCAUACUAACGAUGGUGGAUUGUACACGUGCAUCGCAUCUAGCAAGGUCGGCAGCGCAUCUCACUCGGCUCGCGUCAACGUCUACGGCUUGCCCUACGUGCGCCCCAUGAAGAAACGCCCCGUCGUCGCCGGAGACACCCUCAUCGUCCACUGCCCCGUUGCUGGCUACCCUAUUGACUCAAUUGUUUGGGAACGUGAUAACAGAGUACUCCCCAUCAACCGCAAACAGAAAGUAUUCCCCAACGGCACCCUCGUCAUUGAGAACGUUGAGCGCAUGAGCGACGAAGCGACCUACACCUGCGUGGCCAAGAACUCUCAGAGCUACACUGCUAAGGGAACUCUAGAAGUACAAGUCAUGGUUCCACCGUUGAUAAUGCCGUUCAAUUUCGGUGAGGUGCCAUUCAACCCAGGCGAUACAGCUUUAGUGAAUUGUGUCGCCACCAAGGGAGAUCUACCUCUCGAAAUCUCAUGGACGUUCAGCAGCGAAACCAUAGAUUCGACCCUUCAACGAGAUAUAACGACGAUGCCUUUAAACCCUCGCGCUUCGCUCCUCACCAUCAACUCCGUGAACGCAAACCACCAGGGAAACUACACUUGCAUCGUGCAGAACGCGGCCGGCCGCGCCGAAUAUGCAGCGACACUCGUCGUCAACGUACCCCCACGUUGGAUUCUCGAACCCACUGACAAGGCAUUUGCGCAAGGUUCUGAUGCUAAAGUUGAAUGCAAAGCCGAUGGGUUCCCCAAGCCCCAGGUUACAUGGAAGCGGGCUGAAGGUGAUACCCCUGGCGAUUACAAGGACCUUAAGCCAAACAACCCUAACGUAAAGGUUGAGGACGGAACUCUGAGCAUUGCUAACAUCCAAAAGACGAACGAGGGUUACUAUUUGUGCGAAGCUGUUAACGGAAUCGGAUCAGGAUUGUCUGCUGUUAUCCUUAUUAGCGUACAAGCUCCACCCCAAUUCGAGAUUAAGAUGAGGAACCAGACUGCCCGCCGAAGUGAACCCGCUGUACUUCAGUGCCAGGCUAAGGGAGAGAAGCCCAUCGGUAUCAUUUGGAACAUGAACAACAAACGCCUUGAGCCCAAAUCUGACCCCCGCUACACUAUUCGCGAAGAAAUCCUGCCCGGUGGUGUUGUAUCCGACCUUAGCAUCCGAAGGACUGAACGAUCUGACAGCGCUCUCUUCACUUGCGUCGCUACUAACGCUUUUGGCUCUGACGAUACCAGCAUCAACAUGAUCAUCCAAGAGGUUCCCGAAGCCCCAUACGGUUUGAAGGUAUUGGACAAAUCAGGACGGACCGUGCAACUGUCAUGGGCAGCACCUUACGAUGGCAACUCACCGAUCAAGAAGUUCCUCAUUGAAUACAAACGCGCUAAGGGCAACUGGGAAAAGGAUAUCGACAGGGUUCUUGUGCCUGGAGAUGCUAGCGAAGCCGGUGUGUUCAGCCUUCGACCAGCCACUGCCUACCACAUCAGGAUUGUCGCCGAAAACGAACUUGGAACUUCUGAGCCCUCUGAGACUGUUACCAUUAUCACCGCUGAGGAAGCACCCACUGGUCCCCCACAAGAUUGCAAAGUAGAUGCCGUUGACAAGCACACCCUCCGUGUCACCUGGAAGCCUCCCCCACCCCAGGACUGGAAUGGCGAACUCCAAGGAUACUAUGUUGGAUACAAACUGGCCUCAAGCAACAAGUCCUUUGUCUUUGAAACUGUUGACAUUUCUAAGGAGUCUGGCAAGGAACACCACUUGGACAUUCUUAACCUGAAGACUUACACUCAAUACUCGAUCGUCGUACAAGCUUUCAACAAGAUGGGAUCUGGCCCAGUAUCUGGUGAAGUCAAGGCUUACACUGCUGAAGGCGCACCCUCCGUUGCCCCACAAGACGUACUCUGCACCACUUUGACCGCUCAGACCAUCCGCGUUUCUUGGAUCUCCCCGCCCCUUGCCGCCGCUAACGGACUUAUCAAGGCAUACAAGGUUAUCUACGGACCUAGCGAAACCUGGUAUGAUGAAAAGACUAAGGACACCAAGAUCACUGCCAGCAGCGAGACCAUUCUUCACGGACUUAAGAAAUUCACCAACUAUUCCAUGGAAGUGCUUGCGACUACCAACGGAGGUGAUGGCGUACGAUCUGCUCCUAUCCACUGCCAGACUGAACAAGACGUUCCGGAAGCUCCGCGCGCUGUAAAGGCUCUAGUUAUGGGACAAGGCUCAAUUCUGGUUUCCUGGAGGCCUCCUGCGCAACCCAACGGUGUCGUCACUCACUACAACGUCUACACUCAAGCUCAGAACGCCGAACCUCAUCCUAACAAGGUCCCUGCCUCCCAAACUAGCUACUCUGCGACUGAACUGAAGGCCGGACGUUACGACUUCUGGGUUACCGCGUCUACCAUUAUUGGCGAAGGCCAGCCCUCAGCCACAGCAUCAUGCAGCCCUAGCGACAAAGUACCUGCUAAGAUUGCGUCAUUCGAUGAAUCGUUCACUGCCACUUACAAGGAAGAUGUUAAGCUGCCCUGCCUCGCCGUCGGUGUACCUCCUCCUAACAUUUUGUGGAAGGUAAAAGGCCAACCCUUGGAAGCAUCAGAACGCGUACGACAACUGCCCGAAGGAUCUCUGCAAAUUGCUGGUGUGGCUCGCGAGGAUGCCGGCGAAUACUCUUGCCAUGUCGACAACCAAUUUGGUACUGACACCGUCACACACACGCUCUCCGUUCUUGCUCCCCCCUUCCCACCUCAGCUGAGCAUCGCGUCGUCUUCCGUCUCCUCACUGACUCUGCGCCUGAAGCCUUCCGUAGAAGUGGACCAGUCGCCCGCCGCCGGAUACACCAUCCACUACAAACAGGAGUUUGGAGAUUGGGAAACUGUUCAGAUUCCAAGCACCACUGACACUUACACAUUGGAAAACCUGUUCUGCGGAUCCAGAUAUCAACUCUACGUCACGGCUUACAACGGUAUCGGUACUGGCGAGGCUUCUGAUGUAGUGAUCGCUCGCACCCGCGGCUCCAAGCCCCCAGUCCCCCGCGCCGCUGAUUUUAUCGAAGUUGGAAGCUCGUCCGUCACUCUGCAUCUCAAACAAUGGCUGGAUGGUGGCUGCCCCAUGAGUCAUUUCGUCGUUGAAAAUAAGAAGAAGGGCGCUGCUGAAUGGAACCAAAUCUCAAACGCUGUCAAGCCUGGUGGAAACUUCGUCGUUCUUGAUCUGGAACCCGCUACGUGGUAUGUGUUAAGGAUUACCGCUCACAACAACGCCGGAUUCAAUGUCGCUGAAUACGAAUUUGCAACCCUUACAAUGACCGGAGGAACCAUCGCUCCCUUGCCUGGCAAUUUCGACGGUGAUAAGGAACUGCCUCCCUGGGUCAAGGCUUGGUUAGAGCCUGAAGUGUUGGUACCGAUCCUGGCCACCAUUGUAGUGUUUAUUGUGGGUGUGGUGGUGAUCUGCCUCACGUUAGCUCGCAGGAACACCCCGCACCGCCUGCGAGGUCAGAAGGACACGUAUUACGAUGGAGUUUACAACGCAUCUCAGGCAGCUCUCGGCGGCGCUGGAGGAACUUUGGACAAGCGAGGUGGACUGCGCGACGAACUCGGCUACAUUGCCCCCCCUAACCGCAAGCUUCCCCCCGUACCCGGAUCUAACUACAACACCUGCGACCGUGUGAAGCGACAGGCUGUUAUUAUGGGCGCGCACUCGACGUGGGACCCGCGCCGCCACCACUACGAGCGCGUCCGCCGCCCCCGCCUGCGCCGCGCCGGCUCCGGCGACACCAUCUCCACAGGCAUGGAAGAUGAAAUCUGCCCCUACGCAACGUUCCACCUGUUAGGCUUCCGCGAGGAGAUGGACCCCAGCAAGGCUCUGGCGUUCCCCCACCACCACCCCGCUCACGCUGGAACACUGGCUCACCCCCACCCUCACCACCCUGCUCACUCACGCGCCGGAUCUCAGAGCAUGCCCCGUGCUAACAGCCGUUAUGCCCGCAAGAACUCACAAGGAGGACAAAGCGCUAUCUACUCGACCGCCCCCGAAUACGAUGACCCUGCUACCUGCGCUGAAGAAGACCAAUACCGUGCCCGUUAUUCCCGACCCAUGUAUGCUUGCGGUCCCGAGUACGAUGAGCCCGCAUGCUGCGCUCCUGAAGACGAACAAUACACCGGCGCUUAUGGCACUCCUUACUCUGAUCACUAUGGCUCUCGCCCUAGCAUUGGUAAGACUGUCAAAGGAACACGCAAGUGCGGCGGAUCCCCCGAGCCUCCCCCACCCCCACCACGCAACGCUAACAACGACAACAACUGCUCAUCUUCAUUCAACGAAAGCAAGGACUCGAACGAAAUCUCUGAAGCCGAAUGUGACCAACCCCGCAACUACCCCGUAAGGGCCCACACUGCCAAGGACGGCUUGCACAGCGAGGAAAUGAGGAAACUCAUUGACAGACCAGAAGCAACCACCCCAAUCCCCCAGCAAGCAGUCCACGGGCGGGGACUCACAGCCUACGAUACUGUGGCAGUGUAACCUGUAAAGCGGACCCGUGCCAGCGCACAGCGACACAUGCACUUUAAUUAUUAAUUUACUGGACCAUUACCAUCUUGCUGAAGUACCGCUCGCAAGCUUACGCUCAUUAUUUUCAAGAGUACAUUUUGAUUGCACUUUCGCUCAAUUAUUUAAUCUAACAUUCAGCAAGAUGGUGAUACUCGUGCCAAAUCUAAUCUUUCUUUACUAUUCAUUUGUGUGUCGCGUUUUUGUGUUGCUAAUUACUUUUAAAUUUACCCCAACUUAGUUGGCUGGACGUUUUUGUAUUAAGUUCUUAUCGUGUUUUAUUUCUUACUCUACCCCUGUAGUAAAGUUGCAGAGUUGGGUUAUGUACAAAUUAGUCUACCUUCCCUGAGUAGAGAAACCUAUGCGUCACUGUAGAAUUACCAUUUAAAAGCAGAAAAUUAUGGUUGUGGUAGUUAUCUCAAAUUGAUAUAUUUGCUUAAAUAGAUAAGUGACGCGUUUGUAUCCUGUCCAACACAUUAUAUAAUACACCUUCAUCCUACGUGACCAACUUUGAGAUCUUUACUACAGAACAUUCGGUAAUUUUAAUUGUAGUUCAACUUAUUUGUUCAGCUUAAUUUAAAGUGAGCUUCAGUGCGAAUCCAUCAGGUCUUGGGGUGUUUCGGUUUCGAUUUAAAUUAAGCUCAACAUGUAAUAAUGUAUGUGAUAUUUUGUAUUUUUAUCCCAUUUUUAAUUUUUACAUGGAAUAAUAUUGACGUAAACUUUAUUUAUACUCUUAGAAUGGUAAUAUUAGGUAACCACAACCGAACGGUUGUUACGAUGCUUCCUUUAACGUUAUUCGUUUUAAUUAUUCUCUUUUGUCAUUUUCGUUAUUGCCACGUCCUGAUUUGUGUCAAACAUAUUUGUUUUACGGUUUUGAUUCGCAUUUAUGCAUAUACUACUUAGGAUAAGUUUAGAUAUACAUUUCUUUACUAGUAAUUAAUCAACUUUUAAACAAAGUAAUAUGUAACCCGUAGCUAGUUAGUAACACGCGUUACGCAAUAUAACUAUUUAUAUAUCUAAAGGUAAUCAAUCUUAGACUACUUUAUAAUCUUAAUGGUGUAAUACAACAAACGCGUACCGUAAUAACGAACAGUUACCUAUUGAAACAGCAAAACCAUCAAACACGUAACAAAAACUGCUGACAUGGAAUUUAAAUUAAUCUUUUAAAAUAUUACUCUAGUACGUUAAGGUGCAUUUUUAAUAAUCAUAAUCGUAAUUUUAUCCUUCUAUACUAUUGCAGAUGACUAGGUGUAAGACACUCGUGUGUCAUUUUAUAGGUGUUUCCCAAUAUAUGUUGUGUAUUGUGGUGUAAGCUUCGCAAGUAGCAUUGUAGUUAGGUUUUCGCGACUUCCUAGCAACCAAUUCUUCUAUUAAACUUCCAUUUAGAAUUCGAUUUAAUGAAAAAUAUAGUUAAAAUUAAAUGUGAACAAAAUAAAUGAAAUUUAUUCAAAAUUAUACGAUUAAAUUUUUUACCAUAAUCUUAAUUGUAUUGGCAGCAAAGAGGUUAAUUGUUUAUGAUAUUUUCGCUUUUGUCGAUGUGCGUUUGGUUUGCGGCUAGUUUAAAGUAAGUUUCGUAAUUUUUAUGGCGAUACGACAUCGAUAACCACAGCUAACUAACUGUACCAAAGUGUUUGAUUUGUGUUAAAUAAACUACUCAAAUGUCAACUA